CUUAAACAUCAAAAAUUGAUUUGGGAAUCUUUAGCUGAAUUUGUGCACAAUUGUUUGUCUCUCACCUUUCACAAGUUUGUACGAAACCUGUUUCUUUUUUUUACUAUACGCGUAAUUUUAGAACUUGGUAGUUUUUUUUCGGUUCUUUUAUACUCAUAAUAUACCUCAUAAUAUACUCAUAAUAUACUCAUAUUUACGCGUUAAAACUUUGACUAACCUUUUAAACUUUUACCCGUCAGCAAAAUAUAUUUGAAAUGUCUACUUCAGAUCUACAAACUAAGUUUAAUGAUUCUGAUAAAGAAAACGCUAUGGACGACCGAUACGAAGAACAAGAGAGUGACGAUUCAAUUGUAUAUUCUGCAAAAAUCGAUGAAAUUCUUGGGUGUAAAACAUAUAACCCGGAUCAGAGUAAAGACGAGAAACGUUGGUUACGAAAGGAGUACAGAAAUCUUAUAAAUACUACGGAAGAGAAUAGACUUGAAUACUUAAGACCUGAAUCGGAAGGUCUUAUACAAAAUAUUAGGAAAGCAAACAGCUUAAAUAGAAAAGUAAAGAAUACGCACGAAGCAACUCUUGAUGCGCGUCUUUUAGUAUUGACUUGUAAUCUGGGAGUUCAAAGAGCUCGUCGUAUGAAAUUAGACAAUAAUUCUUUUGACAUUGAUAGUUAUAUAUCAAAAUUAAUUACAUUUAUGGGAGGCAGACAAAUGGAUAAUGAUAGUGAUGAGCACUUGGAAUUGAAUUGGGAAGCUGUUGGAAGAUUAGCCUCUCGAUUUACAAAUCGAGUACCGACAAGUGACUUUAUGCUCGGACCUCUUUCUAUUGAAACAAAAGAACGCGAAAAAAAAAUACGACAUUCCUUGAAUAAAGAUAAAAAUUCCUUGAAAGAGCCUGAACAGUUAAAAGAAAAAGACAUCGAAAGGCAGGAAAAUGAGACGACAAGAAAUGUUAAAAUGGUUUUUGACAUUUUAGGAGAAAACCAACCGAUAAAUUUCUUUGAAUUUAUCAUUAAUCCUGAAUCAUUUGGUCAAACUGUCGAGAAUCUAUUUUAUUUAUCGUUUUUGAUACGUGAUGGUAAAGUAAGCAUAGACGAUGAUUCCGGACAACCGAUACUUAUGUUAUGUCAACCACCGACCUCUGAGAAUUACGCGGAAGGUUUGAUCAAAAAGCAGUUAGUAAUGGAAAUUGAUAUGAACAUGUGGCAGGAACUUAUUGAAGUAUAUGAAAUUAAUGAAUCGGUUAUUCCAACACGAGUCAGUCACAAACAAACUAAUGGAAGAUGGUUAGGGUAAAGAAAAAAGGAUAUACGAUAAAUUCGAGAUUAUAAAAGGCAAGCUUGUGUCGUUACAAUUCAAAAUUUUUCUUUUUACCCGACCAAAUACAAAAGUUUAAGGUAAGAUUAGUCUUUAAAUCGUUGGUUCUUGUAAAUAUAAUAGGUAAGUAUUAAUUGGGCAAGCUAAUGUUAUAAUAAUAUAAUAAAGAGUUACGUUUUAAAAUCACAAAUUGUAUAAUAAAUUUUCAAUGGGCUUAUUUAAUAGAAAAUCAUUACUCUAGCACAAUUAGUCUCUUACAAAGAAUUUUAUCCGGCCAUUCAGAUUCAGUGAGAUAUUGUUCUACCUUAAUAUAUUAUAAAUAUAUUGUACAUUCAAAAAAAAAAAAUAUAUUAAAUAAA